AUGAAGACACAGAGAUAUCCCGACGCCCCGCAGCUCACCGAAGUCGGACUCCACUCCCUCCGCCACGCCUGUCAAAAAGCUCAGCUAAGAGGCCAACAUCCGGCUCUGCGGCCGAGCGGGAACCGCCCCCUCCCAGUUCCCUCUCUCCCCAAGCACUUCCGCCACACCUCCGGCCCCAAGUUUGACCUCGCUCCUAACCACUUCCGCCACACCUUUGGCCCACGGUCUGCCCUGGGCUUGGCCCUGGGUCCCUCUUCCGUCCAGCAGCAGCGCCUCGGCGUCUGGUGCGUCGGGGAGGCCCUGCGGCCCAGACAGCUCUGGGGGCCCCUGGAAGACGCGGGUGUUGGUGACUCCGAGCAGGAAGGCGAGGUAGUGAACCCCAGGCCCGAGGAGCAUGUGCCUCUGGGCCCCUGGGCAGACGUGUGUGCCUGUGAGCAGAGCUCAGGCUGGACUAGUUUGGUGCAGCGGGCCCAGGUGGAGGAUGAGGGCAGCGUGUCCCCCGUGCGGAUCGAGGAGCGGCUCCACCUACAGGUGUGCCGACCAGUGCAGCCAGGCUCUGAGCUGCUUCUGUGGCCCAGGUCACCCUCCGAUGACCUGAACCCCUUACAGUCCCUGCCGAAGGAAGAGGCAGUUCUGGCUGUGGUGACAGAUGUGUAAUCCCCUGGGCAAGAGGACAUGGGCUCUCCCAAUGAGGAAGCAACAGACCUUGGCCCAGAUCCCAACUGCCAGACAACCCCUCAUGUCCAGGCAGUACAUAUGCUGAACUCAGAACUUGAGGCCCAAGCCCCAGACCAGCAUUCUGUAGUGCCUCCCGAGCCUCCAUGUGACUCUGCCACCCAGUUGGAACCAGAAAGCAGCGAGGCUAAUACCCUUUCUCCUGCUGUACACACCCAGCUGCCUUCUUCCCCAGCCAAGAAGUCCUGUAGUCCUGGUGCCCACUGCCUGACCAGCUCUGAGCCCUCGGAGCCAGGGGCCCAACGGACAGCUAGUGCCAGCACCCCAACUGCACCCGUGCUCCUGUCAGGUCCUCCCAGCCCAACCAGAAGCUCCCCGAGUCAGUGCCAGUACCAGUGCAGUGAGUGUGGCAAAGCAUUCCUGCAGCUGUGCCACCUGAAGAAGCAUACAUUCGUGCACACAGGCCACAAGCCCUUCCUUUGCACUAAGUGUGGCAAGAGCUACAGCUCUGAGGAGAGCUUCAAGGCCCACACACUGGGCCACCGCGGGGUGUGGCCCUUCCCGUGCCCACGGUGCGACAAGGCCUACGGCACCCAACGGGACCUCUGAGAACACCAGGUGGUACAUUCUAGGGCAUGGCCCUUCACGUGUGAGCAGUAUGGCAAGUCCUUCGCCAGGCGGCCCUCCCUGAGGCUGCAUCGUAAGACCCACCAGGUGCUGGCUGCCCCCGCACCCUGUACCUGCCCCAUGUGUGGCCGGUUCCUGGCCAACCCAGGCUUGCUGCGGAUCCACAUGCAUCUGCACACUGGCGAGAAGCCUUUCUUGUGCCCACACUGUGGCUGUACCUUCCGCCAGCAGGGCAGUCUGCAUGGCCACCUGCGGCUGCACUCGGGAGAGCGGCCCUACUGCUGCCCGCACAACACUGACGCCUUCCCACAGCUGCCCGAGCUUCGGCGACACCUCAUCUCGCCCACAGGGGAGGCCUACCUGUCUGUGUGUGGGAAGGCCCUCCGAGACCCAUAUACCCUGCGGGCCCACGAGCGCCUACACUCUGGGGAAAGGCCCUUCCCAUGCCCCCAGUGUGGCUGUGCCUACACCCUGGCUACCAAGCUCAGGUGCCACCUCAAGGUGCAUCUGGCAGACAAGCCCUACCGCUAUGCCACCUGUGGUAUGGGCUACAACCUGCCCCAAAGUCUCAAGAGGCACCAGCUCAGUCACCAGUCCAGAGCAUCUAUCCCCACCACCCUGGCAUGUCCAGCUGUGUCUGAACCCACCAUAAAUCUACCACAGGCUAAGCCCAACCUGCUAGAGUUAGAAGGCCAACAGGCCAGCUCCCAGGCCCAGGGCAUCAUCGAGGUCACUGUCUCUGAGGACCCCAGGAAGUUCCUCAUGAUGCCUGAGGAGCCAGGGUCCCCUUUCAGCCUGGUGCUCAUCCACAGGGACCUGGACUUCAGUGCCUGGAUGGAGGUGGUAGAGGUGGAGGUGGGCACCUGA